GAUUACGUCACUGCCGUAAAAUAAAAUACAAAUGUUACGUGCAUUAUGGGUCCAUUUUCAAUUACAAAUAGAAUCGAGUCACUGCUUUAGUUUUCCGACACCAAACCAAAAAUGAAUAUGGAGUAUACUACAAAAAUAACAUCAUUCUCUCUCUUAUUUCUCUCUCUCAUAAUCCCGACCUUGGCUACUGCCACAUGCAGUACCGCCGUUUGUCGCAAUGGCGAUCCAAUUAUCCGUUUCCCUUUCCGUUUAAAAUCCCACCAACCCCAAUCUUGCGGUUAUGACAAAGGGUUCGACCUAACCUGCGGUAAUAAUAACGGCGUUAACAGAACCACCAUAAGACUACCAUUCUCUGGUAACUUCACCAUCGAGGUGAUCGAUUACGCAGCUCAAGAGAUUUUACUCGCCGACCCAAAUAACUGUCUUCCUAAGCGCAUCUUAACGCUAAACCUCACUUCGACGCCGUUUGAUGGCGUUUACACACGUCGGUUCACGUUUUUUAGCUGCCCGACGUCGGGAUAUCUUCGUUUUGGGAGGUUCAAUCCGAUAACGUGUUUGAGCGAUGAAAACAGCACGGUGUUUGCCACUGCUUUACCUAGAGUGGGGAACUACCUGUCCGCUCAGUCGUGCCGGUUAAUGAAAACCGUUGACGUUCCGGUUCUUUGGCCGGUUUAUGAGCAGGCCGUUUCGUAUUGGGGACUCAGUGAUAGCCUCUGGCUCACUUGGAGGGUCCCGAGAUGCCGCCGGUGUGAGAGUAGAGGUGGUAAGUGUGGGAUUAAGAGUAAUUCUUCUCGUGAAAUCAUAUGCUCUGAUGCUCCUAAACCAGCUAUUCCGAGAAAACUCGGUUAUGCAAUAGCCAUCGGUGCAGGGAUCCCAGGAACUUUAAUCCUCUUCGGUGUUUUCUGUUUCGUGUACAGCAAAAUUAACGCCUUCAUCAAACGACGCCAUCUUAUUUCACAUCCGGAGAUCAACAACACUCAAGCCCACUCUUCUCAGUCCAGUAUCAUGAUAAAGGGUUUCGUAUCUGAAAGAUUUUAUUACUCUCUUGCUUAUGUUUUGUUUUAUCUUUACUUCAUAAAUGAUUGUAUAUUAGUUUUUUCUUACUCUUAUAACUCUUAUUGUCUCUUAUACACUACCUAUAAGACAAAUAUACUAAAAUAUAAACAAGUUAAAAAAAUAGAAUUAAUUUGUUAUUGAAACGGCACAAUUAUUUAUAUACUUUUAUUUUAUAAUAUUUAUCAUUUUUAUGCAAUGUACCUUUAUAAUAUCUAUUAAUUCAAAUUAAUAAUCUUCUAAAUCUGUUCACCCCGCGCAGGGCGCGGAUUAUCAGCUAAUAUUUGUUAUUUUCAUAUUUUUAGGUUCAUAUACAUCCAAUGUUUUGAAACCCGACCCGGACC